AGAAAUUAAGCGAUGUGAUGUGUUCAAAAUUAAACAUUUUGUUUAGAAAAGGAAGGAAGACGCGUGUAUGAAAUUGUAAAUGCAGUGGGACACGUGCAGCAUAAAUGAAUCGACGAAAGAUGUCUAGACGAAACCCGAUGGGGGUACAACGGGGGCGAGACAGCAACGCGUGCGAAUGAUCGAAUGCGCGAAUUUGCGGUUCCUGUUGUCGAGAUGCCAAGUUCCGAGUUAAUGUUCAUUUAUUCGCGUCGCCGGCAUAAUGUUCCUAUAUUGACUUCAUGCGAGAGUAAUCGAUACAAUUGAACAUUAAUCUUUAAGUAGUCUAGCUCAAUCUUUAUUCCGUCAUAAACACGAGCUUGCUCUCUCAAGAAGGUGUAUACAUAUAUGAUCGCGAUUUUUAAAAGAACGAUAGGCUCCCAAAUCAUCAUCAAUUAAUAUAAAAGAAACCCCGAAGCAUCUACGCAAUCUCACAGAAUUUUACUCAACACGAUGAAGAAUGAUCACUAAUCGCUUUUGAAGACAAGACUUAAACCGAUGACUUGAUCAAGGUCUGGUGUCGAAUGAUCAUCUCAGAGGCAGACAAUGUCCUUCUGCAGGAUCACGGGUAAAAGCCGGGGUCUACCCAGGCCGAAUUAUUUCCCGCUGUUACCGCCGAUAAGUCCGGCGGACGCAAAGCGAUUCUGCCGCAUCACCGGCAAGUCCUACGGUCUACCGACCCAUCAUUACAUUCCGGUGUUGCUGGGCGCGCACGCCCAGGACAAGUCGAAAUGCAAGAUCACGACGAACGCCGCGGGCCUCGGGCCACACCAUUACACCGCCGGUCUGAUCGUCGACGAGAAGAGGAGGCACGUGGUGCUCAAGGAUUACCGCUACGUUUUUCCAAUCUUGGAGGGCGAGGGCGAGCAGCAGCGCAUCUUGCGGGAACUCCUGAACGCGAAGCAGACUCCCAUCGAGGAGGAAGAGAAGUUUGUGUACACGGUCGAGGAACGAAGGUGCAGUCUCGUGUUCCCGGCGAAGUUGGAAGCCGCUGUUCGAGAUGGAGACGUUAAGGACGUUAUGCUCUCGCGAGACUGCGAUACCGUUUUGUUGAGACUAAAGCAAGGCAAAAAUGUGUCUGUGGACUUCAAGAACUUGGAAGAUUUUGAAAAUCUUUACGACGGACUGGGACCACGAGAGGAAGUGCUGAAGGAGCGAGAAAAGCUGGAGGCCGAGGCUAGAAAGCGAAAGAGAAAGAAGCAGACAGCGUUGAAUUAUGCGAGGAAGAUCUUCGAGGAAAAGGAGAAGGCGGCCGACGAGGAAGAGCUUCGACGUGCCAAGCAACUCAAGUUAAGGAGCAUCAAGGAAGAGGUGAAAAUCGAGACGAUAGCGGAAGAUUGGAGGCAUGUGGAUGCGGAACAGACGAGAGUCCAAUCUUCCGACGUCGUAAAUAUUUCGAACGCUCUCAAAGACGCAGUAAAACCGAUCUCCAAUGUGUUAGACUGGAAAUCGUUUCGAAACAACACGACUAAACCAGCCGGCGUGCCGAUAAUCACGGAUAUGCCGAUUCCUGUACACGCCGAGCUGCAGAUCAUAGGUCGGGAACCAAUUCUGUACACUACCCCUAUGUUCGAAUCCGUAGGAGGUUUCGAGGCAGUCGCGAUCGUGAAACCACUGACACCCUUGAUUGCAAAGGUGGACGUGACGUUGCAAAGCGCUAUUCAGAGUAUUUCGCAGGAUAAUCUUGAAGAGACCGCAAACAUCACGGAAAAGCUUCUUCAAGCUGGAGAGCCGGCGUUGAAAUGUCUGCCUAGGAUGGAGGAGGUUCCCGAACUGGUACGGAAUCUGUCUACUGGCAAGAAAAGUACGAUCCACAAUGUGAAAGGUCUUAAGUUAGACAUCAAGUCGGCGGAGAGAUUUGUCGCUGGCCAAACGCUGCAGACGCCAAGCAUCUUUGUGCCCGGCCAAACUUUGCAGACUCCUCAAACUCCCGUCUUCAAGGUCCCGCCCGGACUCACUCUCAACACGCCUGACGGGCCUCUUUUGAUCCCUGGACAGGUCAUCACCGUCGAAGAAUCAGACGGGGCGAAAACGCCGAUAUUCGUCGCCGGUCAGACCCUGACGACGGAGCGAGGUGAAUGUUUUGUUCAAGGUCAGACGUUCCAUACGAGUGAGGGUAGCAAGUUCGUCGAGGGUCAGACCGUCCUGACGGAGGAGGGCCCGAAAUUCGUGGCUGGUCAAGUAACGACGGACGGAACUUUUGUCUCGGGACAAACCAUAAACACUUCGGACGGAGCUCGAUUCAUGGCAGGCCAGACUGUCACGGAUUACAGCGGCGAAUCGGUUUUCGUGCCGGGACAGAACGUAUUUAUCGGCGAUAAAUAUGAAUUUGUGCCAGGUCAGUGCGUCGAAUCGCCGAACGGUGAACCUAGAUUUGUUCCUGGACAGACGCUGCAGACGACCGAAGGUCUGCAAUUCGUUCCCGGGCAAUACGUCACCACGAAAUCAAACGAGAAACAUUUUGUACCAGGUAUUGUCAAGAACACGGAAGAUACGCCGACAUGUCCGGGAAUGACGCUGGAUACUCUGAAAGGUCAAAAGUUCGUUGAAGGUCAGGUACUGAAAACUACAGAAAGUAUAAUUUUCUGUCCGGGACGAACCAUUGAAACCGAAAAGGGCUUUGAGUUUGUCGCGGCGAAGAAAUUCGACGAAGUCAUCUUUCAGGACGCCGGUCCUGUCGGUAUCCCCGUGGAUCCGAGGAGCACAAACGCGGCGUCGGUUCUCCAGCAGCGCGAGAUCUUCGGCCACAUGGUGCAGACGGAGAGAGGUAUCGAGUUCUUCCCGGAAAACGCGAAGAAGCUGCCAGAGGGCAAGAGGAUCGUGCCGGGUCAAUUGGUCAGUGGCGACAAGGACGGGCCGCGUUUUGUACCGGGUGUUAUGACCGAGGACGGCUUCUUACCAGGUCAGAUAGUCACGACAGAAAAAGGGGAGGAAUUUGUGCCGGGCCAAGUGAUCGACACUAGCAGCGGACCAAAGUUCGUUCCCGGUCAGAUAGUAGAAACCCGGACAGGAUCUAAGUUCGUACCUGGUCAAACGAUAAACACAACAGAUGGACCACGUUUUGUGCCAGGCCAGAUCGUUGAUACCAAGGUCGGACCAACGUUUAUCCCUGGCCAGGUGAUUUACACCGAAGAGGAAGGCUCCAGAUUCGUACCUGGACAAGUGGUAGACACGCCAGAUGGGCCUAGAUUCGUGCCAGGGCGCGUGGUGGAAACGGGCGAGAUAGGUGUGACCUUUGUGCCGGGUCAAAUCGUCCAGACGGAAGAAGGACCUUGUUUUGUCGCUCCCGAUCUUAUCGAUACUCCCGAGGGCGAGCUGGAAUUUUCGGUGCAAGGCUUCGAGGUUACGCCUGAGGAGCUACGAUUGCUGCGACCGCAGCAUUUGAAUUAUAAUCCACGCUUCCGUCAUCGCGGCGAGACCAGCAUAGACGCAAAAAUGUUACACGAGCUGUCAGAAGCGGGGUUAUUCGUGGGAAGAAAAGGUGCUACGAGCUUGCCGUCAGUAGACGUAAACGUAAAUCCGAAGGCGGUGGAGCAGGCCCUCGUCGUGGCAACGACGAAGUUGAGCCUGCAAGGUGGCACGGCGGUUAAGAUGGCGCAGAUUGUCUCGAUGGUCGCGCAACUUGCGAAAAAUAUUGUCUUGCAACAACAACGAAAUUCAAAUCCCGCAAAUGCAGAAGUGCUGACCAAUGGUGUUCAUUCGCCUGCUGUGAAAGAGGAAAAAGAAAAUGGAACCAAGAGCGACAACAGUUUCGAACUUCUUCAGGGUGCGAUCGCAGCAGCUGUUUUAAUGAUAUCAGACGACAACCAACAGACGGUAUUAGAUAACGACAACUCUCAAGAUUUUGUUUAUUCUUCCAUCAGCGAGUCCUUCAACGUGCUGCUGCAUCAGAAUGAUCGAGACGUCAAUCGAUCGGUCGACGAAGUUCUGAAAAUUCUUCUAAUCCCACAGAACCGUAGUUCUCUUUGUCAGAACGUAUUAUCCGAACUGCUAACUAUUCAGAACAGUAAGGUCAACAUACUGAAAUCUGCCAUGAGUUCUAACCAGUCUUUGCAAAAGGACAUCGUAAUCAACAAGCUGUCGAUGGUUCUCGAAGAAGAGCAUAGCGCGGAUCUAAUCGGACCAGCCUUCCGAACCGUCUCGAGAAACGAUCCCGAGCUGAUUUCGCUCGUUCUGGAGAACGUAUCGCGCCACGUGGCGGACGUAGCGACGGAGAAGGAAGCCACGGAGACGGUUUACAAGGCGAUCGUCCAGGCUGUUCGGGAGUCGAGCGAGAUUCGCGUGAAGGAGCUGCUGAACGCUGAACGUGGACCGGACGUACGCGAGAUGCUGCUACAAGCUGUGGGCCUGGCACGGGCCCUGGGCAUGUCCGACACAGCUAGAAGCCUGCUGGCUGUGAUCGGCGACGAGAGAUCCACCCAAGCGCUGGCGAACGAUCGCGUUACCAUGGACGUACUGAAGAGGCUGGCGAUCAUGAGGAGACUCGCCGAGGAACGGCCGCCCUUCAUGAACGCCCUCGGACAAUUGUGCAGCGAUCCCGAGCUGGCGAGAACCGACCCGCGACUUCGGACCCUUGUAAGAGAGAGCGCCGCGCUGAUGAUCGUACCUGAAGAGACCCCGUUGCUGUCCUCCGCCGACGUUCCGACCGCGUUGCUGCACGCUGACAACAGCCUGGCGAUGGAGGAGUUUCUCCUGAGAAGAAGUCACAAACCCUCGUCCAUCUUCAUGAUCCUGAAGCAGGGUCUGCAAGCGGUCGUGCCCCGGGAAGCGUCUCGCUCGGUGCUGACCGGCGAGGUGGCUUUUACUGUUCUCGACGAGGACGGGAUACAUCACUUUGAGCCCUUGCAUGUGUUUUCGGCGCUCAGGCUGAAUCGUCCGACCGCGCAUCGGUUCUCCAUGUAUUGUUGCCCGAUGGCGAAGGAAGUAGAUACGGAUGGCGAGGUGAUGUCUGCCACGUUCACCGGCACGACCUCGGUCGCCAGUAGUUUGGAUGGUUCUGCCAACGGUAGCUCCAACAAACAAGAGUGCAAUGGCAUCGCGACCUUGUCGAAGUCCGAGCAGUCGGUCACUCUUCUGUCAGCCAGCAGAGAAAACACGCCGAGUCUGAAGAGAUUGAACGAUGCUCGGCGAAAGAACAGCCUUGAGCGGGGAUCCUCGGAAAAUUACGUCGUUGUGAAAGACUACGUUGCGGACACCGACGGAUUUACCGUGCACGUCGGGGACAUCGUCGAGGCCAUCGAGCAUGACGGUUCAGCGAAGAAAGCGAGGAUGGACCCCGAUCUGGAGGUCGAGGUCGGCGAUAUCUUGGACAAUUCGGCCGCAAAGCACAAGCUGUCGAUCCGUCCACGUCGAACUCACGCGGAUCCGCGAGCUCGAAACAGCUCGAGUAUCGAGUCGGACUCGAGCCUUCAAAGGGUACACGUUCGUGCACCUAACGGAAGGCAAGGAUGGUUACCCAUAUCCAUUUUAAUGCUAACAACGCUUAGUGAAGACAGUUCAUCAAUGAGUCGACCAGAAGAUUCUUAUUAUCGGCGAGAGGCCGUCGUGAAAGAAUUAAUCGAGACGGAGGAAGAAUUCGGUAGGGAUCUUCAGCUGGUCGUCGAACGAUACCUGAAGCCUCUCGACAACCCUGAUGUCCCGCGGAGCGUCCGAGACAACAAAGAAAUUAUUUUCACUAAUCUGAAACAAAUAGCCGAUUUUCACAACACAUCGUUCGGCAGGGUGUUGAUCGAGGGUGUCAAGUAUUAUGCGGAUCAACCACGUAUGCUCGGCAAAACUUUCUUGAGACUGGAGAGAGAUUUUGACAAGCACGUGGCGUACUGCAGGGACGAGCCAGCUGCUCAGGAAUUUCUUCAGACAAACAACGAAGCACGCGAAUACUUCGAGGAGUUGAGCCAGACUCUGGGCGACGACAAAAGUAUAUCGGAACAUUUAAAGCUUCCAAUACAACGCAUAAACGACUACCAGCUCCUGCUAAAGGAGCUGGUGAAAUAUUCGACCCGAUUAGGCGAAAACUGCGACGAUCUCCAAAAGGCGCUAGAAUUGAUGCUAGGAAUCCCUCACAGGGCAACCGAUAAUAAAUUCAUAAGCAAUAUCGAAGGAUACAAAGGGAAUAUUCACAAACUUGGUAGAUUACUCACACAUGAAUGGUACACAGUUAUUGAUAAGGAAGGAAAAAGCAAAGAGAGAUACUUAUUUCUAUUCAAAGCGCGAAUUCUCGUUUGCAAAGUCAGACGGAUCUCGGAAGAUAGAUCAGUUUUCGUUCUAAAGGAUAUUAUUCGAUUACCGGAAGUAGAAGUGAAGGAUCAUCCCGGUGACAUACGAUCCUUCGAACUACACAGCCCUACUAUCCCCAAUUAUCCUAUCACUUUAGUAGCUCACAAGGAUCCCGUGAAAGCUUACUGGCUCAGGGAGAUUCGUCAAUACGCCAGCGAUCUGGUCGCUCUCGCCGAGCACGCAGCGGACGAUCUUCAAGUGACCGAAGAAGUACCGGAAACCAAGGAAGAACUCAAGAGCGACGAGAAGCCGGUACCAGUUAAGGUUGAACCACUACAAGCGAAUCCGGAAUCACUCAAAGUCCAAGUGAAGGAAGAAGCUAAGGCAAAUCUAGGCCCACCGAAGGUAGAUUCGAUCAAGGACACCAAAGUUGUAGAGAAGCCAGUUAAAGUUGAACCACAACAAGCGAAUCCGGAAUCACUCAAAGUCCAAGUGAAGGAAGAAGCUAAGGCAAAUCCAAGUCCACCAAAGGUAGAUUCGAUCAAGGACGCAAAAGUUGUAGAAAAGUCAGUUAAAGUUGAACCACAACAAGCGAAUCCGGAAUCACUCAAAGUCCAAGUGAAGGAAGAAGCUAAGGCAAAUCCAGGUCCACCAAAGGUAGAUUCGAUCAAGGACGCCAAAGUUGUAGAAAAGCCAGUUAAAGUUGAACCACAACAAACGAAUCCGGAAUCACUCAAAGUUCAAGCGAAGGAAGAAGCUAAGGCAAACCCAGGUCCACCAAAGGUAGAUUCGAUCAAGGACGCCAAAGUUGUAGAGAAGCCAGUUAAAGUUGAACCACAACAAGCGAAUCCGGAAUCACUUAAAGUCCAAGUGAAGGAAGAAGUUAAGGCAAAUCCAGGUCCACCGAAGGUAGAUUCGAUCAAGGACGCAAAAGUAGAAAAGCCAGUUAAAGUUGAACCACAACAAGCGAAUCCGGAAUCACUCAAAGUUCAAGGGAAGGAAGAAGCUAAGAUAAACCCAGCUAAGGCAAACCCAGGUCCUCCGAAAGUAGACUCGAUCAAGGACACCAAAGUUGUAGAGAAGUCAGUUAAACCACAACAAGCGAAUCCGGAAUCACUCAAAGUUCAAGCAAAGGAAGAAUCUAAGACAAAUCCGGGUCCACCGAAGGUAGACUCGAUCAAGGGCACCAAAGUUGAAGAGAAAUCAGUUAAACCACAACAAACGAAUCCGGAAUCACUCAAAGUUCAAGCAAAGGAAGAAGCUAAGGCAAAUCCGGGUCUACCGACGGUAGACUCGAUCAAGGACACCAAGGUUGUAGAGAAGCCAGUUAAAGUUGAACCACAACAAGCGAAUCCGGAAUUACUCAAUAAAGCUCAAGCAAAGGAAAAAGCUAAGGCAAAUCCGGGUCCACCGAAGGUAGACUCGAUCAAGGACUCCACCAAGGUUGUGGAGAAGAGGAAGGACUCUGUGACCAACGUAUCGGAAGCGAAGAAGACUAAGGUCGACGAAACGCAAGCAGACAUGUCCCGAAGAUAUUCCUCAAGUCGAUAUAGUACUUCCUCGAAGGUCGUGGAAGAAUACUCGUCAAUAUCGAGUAGUCGUAAUGGCGUAUCCACGUACACGGAAUCGGCAGCAUCCGCUGUCGAGACGAGGAUGUCUUCCUCGGCACAAGGAGACCAAAUAUCAGAAACCACAACUUCGUACGAGACUGCGAUUAUCGGUGAUGCAACAGCAGACUCGAAAAGCGAAAAGGGAACUGCCCAAGUCACUCUCGGUGCUGAGGCUGGCAAACCGGUGUUUAUCAAGACGAUAGAGGGAUGCAGUGUGGAACCGUUGCGACCAAAAAGGGCAUUGAUACACGCUAUAGCUGGAGAGGUUGCAACUUUCGAGUGCACGUUGUUGACCGCCGAUUCCACCACCAGAAUGCAAUGGCUAAAAGAUAACAAACCAAUGGAGGAUAAACUGGCUGAUCGCGUCUCUACCACGAGGAACGACACCAAGUGCAAGCUCGAGAUCCAGAAUGUUCACGAGUCAGAUACCGGCAUAUACAUUGCACGUGCUCUGAAUACGAAAGGCGAGGCGACGUGCACUGCUCAAUUAGUGGUUCAACAAUUGAGUCCAGAAGAAAAAAAGGCAAGGGCAGAUGCAAAUGGACCUAUAUUUUUGGUGCGUUUGAAGGAUACCGAACUUCUCGAGAAUACCUAUUUACGCUUUAUGAUCAAGGUCAAGGGAGAGCCUAAUCCAGAAAUAAAAUUCUUCAAGGACGGCGUUUUAAUCGACGCAAAGUACGAACGUGUAAAAAUCGUAAGAGAUAAUGCUGAAAAAGGAUUUUACGAACUGGUGAUUGCCGACGUUCAGAAACAAGAUGCUGGAAAAUAUUCGUGCACAGCUAUGAAUCGUUAUGGCGAUGCUACAUGCGAGGCGGUAGUGACGGUGACAGAUGAAAAGCCGCUAUUCCUAGGACUUCCUGAAGGUCUUCUCGAGCUCGGAGGCGAACCGAACUUUAUUUGGUCGCGCGAUGGACAACCGUUCGAUCCUGAAGAGAGAUUUAAGGUUCUUUUCCAAGAUAAGGAGGACACUCUGGCACUGGUUUUCCAGCAUGUAAAACCCGAAGACGCUGGUCUUUAUACAUGCGUGGCGCAGACUAGCACAGGUAACAUUAGCUGCAGCGCGGAAUUAACGGUGCAAGGAUCUGUGAAUCAGUUGUAUAAAGAUCCGGAAAAACCAAAAUUACAAACGGAAUCGAAGCAAUCCGAAGUGAAUAUCGGUGCUUCCGCAAUGUUAGAUUUGCAGGUGAAGGGUUACCCUAAGCCGGACAUCAAAUGGACCAAGGAUGGUCAAGAGAUCGCAGCCGGUGGCAGGAUCAAGUACCUCUGGGAGGACGAGGAGUCUCUCUCGCUGGUAAUUAAACAAGUCACCGCCAAAGACGCCGGUGUUUAUACCAUCACUGCAAAGAAUGAACUCGGCGAAGAUAGCACUCAGAUCGAGCUGAUCGUCAAGUCUGCGCCAAAGGUCACGAUGAAGCAAUCCGACAUGAUAAUUCUCAUCGAGGAUACGGGCACAAUGACUGUCCAAGUGGAAGCCACCCCGGCGCCGGAAGUUACGUGGUACAAAGACGGUCAGCUGAUCGAGGAGAGCGAUCGUUUCAAAAUCAUCAAGGAGAAUAAUGACACGUACAAGCUGGUACUGAAGAACGCGAAACUGACCGACGCGGGCUCAUAUUCGAUCGUCGCACGAAAUGAGGUCAAUCAAACGACCGAGAUUUGGAGGGUCGGCAUCAGAUGCCCGCCGAAGAUCAAGAAGGGACUCGGUGAGUCGAGAGUGCUCAACGAGGGCGACACGUUGAAUCUCUUGAUCGAGGUAGACUCCGAUGGCGAACCGACGGUGAACUGGUAUAAGGACGGGCAACUUCUAACUGCGAGCGAUCGCGUGAAGAUGACGAAAAACGGAGAUAAUUAUAUACUGAUAGUCAACGGUGCGAAGGUGGAAGAUGCGGCGGUUUAUAAGGUUGAAGUGAUAAACAAGCAUGGUACCAUUUCGGACGAGACGAGGAUCAGAGUACGAGGCAUACCGCGAUUCAAGACGAAACUAUGCGAUAUGACCGCGAACGAAGGCGAGCUGAACUUCGAGUUCGUGGUCGAGGUCGAGGGUUUCCCGAAGCCGAGCGUACACUGGUUUCUGGGCGAUGUUGAAAUCACCGAGAAGCGCACAGAGUACACUCGUAUAGAGGAGGGUGAUAAUUACAAGCUCGUUAUCAAGGAGUUGACGACCGAGCUGAAGGGUCACUAUACUUGCAAAGUGCAGAACGAAUACGGCGAGAAUUCGAGCAGCUCCAACUUGACGGUGAACACCCGGCCAAAGUUGCUGAAGAAACUGGCGGACCAGAAGUUGAACGAGGGCGAAACGCUCACGCUGUCAUUCGAGGUGGCUGGUACACCGGAUCCGGAAGUCAAAUGGUACAAGGACGGAGAAGAGGUGACGGCGGAUGCCAGGAUUAAGAUCACUAGGGAUAGUCAGCGGAGCGAAAGCUACGAUUUGACGGUGACGCUGUUGAAGGGCAGCGAUGGAGGCUUGUACGAAGUGCGAGCCGAGAACGAGCUGGGUUACGUCAGUAGCAAGAGCAAGGUCAUCGUGCUGACUAAAACGGAAGAUGAGAAGGUAGAACCUCCGAAAGAGAAGGCCAAAAAGACGUCGGUGGAAGAAACGAAGAAAUUAGUGAAGGAACAGUUGUUGCCACAGCAAACUCUACGCGCCGAAGAAUCGGAAUCGGAAGGUCGCGUCAGAGUGGAGAAACAAAACAUCCAAGUAAUUCAAGGAGACAAUGAAACAAUUACGAUCUCUGUGGCCUCUACAACAUCACACGAAGCUAUACUCACAGGUCCCGAUGAAAGUCAUACGAUCAGCAAGAUGACAGCGACCAAAGUCGAGUGUCGGGAAUUCGGUGUCGAAUCGGGACCCCGUAUCGAGGAAAUCGCUUCUUACGCUUACACCGUGCAAGAGGAGAACUCGAAGCCGCAGAACGGCGUGCUGAUCGAGGAGUUUUCGGAGACCGAGGAAAAGAGAUCGAACUUGAAUCUCAAUCGUGAUGUCACGAUCGUCUCCGUCUCCGACGACGAAUCGACUUUGAAGGCGCUGUCACGAGACGUUAGCACGGAGGACGUGCAAUCAGCUGAUCAGUUCCCGGACGAUCAGAGAACUCCGAGCGGCAUCGUCGACGAAUUUUGCUUCAACGGAACGCCGGAAGACGAGAGAAUCUUGGAGAACCUUAGAUCGCACAGGAUCUCUAGAUUCGAGGAGACCAUUGCCGAAGAACGGUCAUCCGAGGAGCCGUCAUCGGCGAGACUAUCGAAUCGAACUCUACGACGGGAAAGUCUGGAGGUGAAGAAGAUGAAUUUAUUAACCCAGAGUUCGACGAUCAGCGACGCGAGUCCAAGGAAGAAAAUUGCGGAGAUAACUCUGGAUGGACCAAGCUCCACCGUCGAAUCAUCAAAGGAGACUGCGAUCUUCGAGGAGACAAAAGUCUCGACGUUGUCGAGCGAAACUCCAUCGAGUUCUCAGAAAGGGCAACUCGAUGAUGACGAGGAGAUCGACGAGGGGAUGAAGAAUCUUCUAGCUCGCGUUAAGCGACAACGUAGCGUGCUAGACGAAAUCCUUGAUAAAGAGUCAAGCAGAGAGUCAGCCCCGCCUCACAUCGUGAACACGAAUCUCACCGAUCGAACGAUCUUCGAGACGCAGAAUACGCAGUUCGUGGUGGAGGCCACCGGUUUACCAAGACCAGACGUGAAAUGGCUAAAGGACGGCAAGAUUCUUCGAUCCGGGGAACGAGUGAGAAUCUCACAAAAUACCGCGGAAUCGUACGAGAUGGAUCUCAGCAAGGCCACCCUCGAGGACGAGGGUCUCUAUACAUGCAUCCUGACCAACAAAUUGGGCGAGGAAGUCGUGGAGGGCUACUUGACAGUCGGUACCGUCGACGACCUUAAGAAACCGAGGUUCUCCGAGCCUCUCAAAGACGUCGAUGUCAAUUUGGAAACUGAUGGCGAGUUCAAAGCCGUCUUCACGGCCGAUCCGGUUCCGGAUAUCACAUGGUUCUCCAAAGAUCAGGAAAUUCCGCCUGAUGAUUCUAGACUUAAAUGGACGCUGACUACCGGUCCAGCAGCUGAUAAAUUGACAGAAUGUAAAGUUACAUUGAAAGUACCAAAAUGUACUAAAGAAGAUACCGGAGAGUACACCUUGAAGUUAAGAAAUAAAUGGGGCGAAGGCGAGUCUAGUGCAUUUUUGAAUCUUUUAUUACAACCGGAAAUUGAGAGCUUUAGAGAUCAUACCGAGUCGGUUGACGAGCGAGUUGAAUGGCAAGCUAUUAUUAAAGGAAAUCCAAAACCCGAAAUCGUAUGGCUGAAAGAUGGUAGGGAGUUACAAAAGAAUGAGCAGUACGACAUGGAGGAAGAUAAGAGGAACUGCAAAUACAAGCUUAUCAUUAAAAAGCUCACUCUAGAGGACAAAGGAGUUUAUACAGUUGUGGCAAAGAAUUAUCUGGGCGAAGUGAGUGCUCAAGCCACACUUACGCCUCACACCGAGAUUCCGACCUUCCUGAAGGACCUAUCAAAGGUGCAAUGCAGCGAUCGCGAUGACCUCGAACUGAAGAUCCGCGUGACCGGCAUCCCGAGACCGAAUGUCGAAUGGUUCAAGGACAAUGAGGUCGUUAAAGAAGACGAGCGUCACCAGGUGACGACCCACGUGGAAGGCAUAGUGGACAGUACCUUCUUCAUCAAAACCUUCUCAGCCAAGGAUGCCGGCACGAUAACAUGCAAGGCGACCAAUGUCGCCGGCACCACACAGACCAGUUGCAAGCUAUCCAUGAUGUUGACGGCACCUUCGUUCGGUAAAAUGUUACCGAGGUCGGCGGAGGUCGACGAGGGCGAGCCUCUGGAGCUCAAGGCCAAGAUAGACGGCAGUCCGAUACCCAACAUCGCUUGGUUCAAGGACGGCGAGAAGAUCACCCCGGACGAUCACGUGAAGAUCAGUACAUUGCCGGAUGGUACCACGAAGCUUACCAUCGACGUGGUGGAACCCACCGAUUGCGGUGCUUACAAGCUCGUCGUCACAAACUCCAGCGGCGAAAAUUCCUCGCUCUGUGCUGUCGCUGUUACGCCCGAACGAAGAAAACCGUCGUUCAUGAAGCCAUUGGAGGACACGAAGGCCGUGGUUGGGCAUCCAUUGAAACUGGAAGCACAAGUCCUAGCUUUCCCGAAUCCACAGGUGCAAUGGUUCAAGGACGGAAUCCCGUUGCGACACACCAAAGAGAUGUAUUUUAUGAACGAGCCGAAUGGACUUAUUGGCUUGAGAAUGGAUUAUGUACGUCCAGAGGAUGCCGGCACCUAUUCGCUGAUCGUCUCCAACUCGCUUGGUGAGAUCACGGGUACGGCCAAGGUAGAGGUGGAGGAAAGAGAGAAAAGACCGGAAUUUGUUGCGAGUCUUCAACCACAAACCAUCGUCGAGGGUUUCCCAGUGAAGAUGGAAGUGAAGAUUUUAGGAAAACCGACGCCUGAGCUAAAGUGGCUGCGAGAUGACGAAGAAAUUGUUCCGGAUAACAAGCACGUAAAGAUCAUCAGCCAGCCGGACGGAAGACAAGCUCUGAUCCUCGACAAGGCAACGCCAGAAGACAUCGGCGUGUAUCAGGUGAUAGCCGGCAACACGGAAGGCACCGCGUCCUGCAAAGCCAAACUAGACGUAGUUGGCAAGGCGAGACCGGACACGCCGGAGGAGAAGCCGGCGUUCACCAGCCCCAUGCGCGACGUCUCCAUCGAGGAGGGUCAGCCAUUAAUCUUGGACGUGUCGUUCGUCGGCAAUCCGAUCCCCGAUGUGAGUUGGACGAAGGACGACGAACCGGUUGUGCCAUCAGACCGCGUGAAGCUGAGCUGCGACGGCAAGAAAGUCGGGCUGCAGAUCGACCCGUGCGAGCCCAAGGACGCGGGCAUUUACGGCUGUCGACUGAGCAAUCCGCUGGGCGAAGACACCACCGGCGCAAACGCGAUCGUCCGCAAGGUGUAUCAAUCCCCGAACUUCACGCAAAAGUUCACAGACUUGCAGCAGCUGCCCGGACACGACUCCAAGUUCCCGGCCCGCGUCACCGGAAUACCGCAUCCAGAAGUGACCUGGUAUUUCAACGACAAGCCGAUUCUGCGGGACAACGACAAGUACAAGAUCAAGCGCGACGGUGAUGCCUGUUGCUUAUAUGUGAAGGAUUGCACGUACGACGACUCAGGACGGUACAGGUGUAAAGCGGUUAACAAGGGCGGCGAAGCGGAAUGUGUAGCGAACCUGGCUGUUGUCGAUAAGAUUCAAAAAAUGCAGAAGGUCGAGCCGCCGGCAUUCCUGAAGAGGAUCGGCGAUUGUGAGGUUUACAGAGGGAUGCCGGCAAAGUUCACCGCGUGUGUCACGGGUUAUCCAGAACCUGAAUUUGAAUGGUAUCGCAACGGUGACAGACUCUGGCCCACCGAUCGCAUCAGGAUGGACCAGGAAGGUAGUCUGUUGCGACUCACGAUAGCCAAUGUGGACGAGCUAGAUGCCGGAAAAUAUGUGCUGAAGAUAUCCAAUCCUCACGGUGAAGAUUCGUGCAACGCCGAGAUGAUUUAUGAAUCUUUAGAGCCACGCGCGAAGAAACCUCUCGCGGAUCAGUACGCGGAUUAUGACAAGUACCAGAAGUCAGGCAUUCCGCUACCGCUGGCGGAUCGUCCUAUCAUCAGCCGUAUGAUGGACCGGCAUCUUACCCUCUCGUGGAAGCCGUCUAUCCCGAUCGGACCGCGAGUGCCCGUGACCUAUCUGGUGGAGAUGUGCGAGUUGCCGGACGGCGAUUGGUUCACCGCACGCAGCGGAAUUCGCAGCUGCGUCUGCGACAUACGCAAUCUCGUGCCGUUCCGCGACUACAAGUUCCGCAUUCGAGUGGAGAACAAGUACGGCAUCAGCGAUCCGUCGCCGUUCGCGCAGACUUAUCGCUCCAAACUGGAGCCGGAGCCGCCCAAGUUCUUCCCCUAUCUACCGCCGGGUAUCGACUUCCGUCCCGAGACCAGUCCCUACUUCCCGAAGGACUUCGACAUCGAGCGACCGCCGCAUGACGGCUACGCUCAGGCGCCUAGAUUCCUGCGUCAGGAAUACGACACGCAGUACGGCGUGAAGAAUCACAAUUGCAACCUCUUCUGGUUCGUCUACGGUUAUCCCAAGCCGAAGAUGACAUAUUACUUCAACGAUCAGCUGAUCGAAUCGGGCGGCCGCUACGAUCAGAGUUAUACCAGGAACGGUCAGGCGACUCUCUUUAUCAAUAGGAUGCUCGAGAGAGACGAAGGUGUCUACGAAGCCGUCGCCACGAACGAACACGGCGAGGCCAGACAAAGAGUUAUCCUAAAGAUCGCGGAGUAUCCUACGUUUAUCGAGAGACCCGAAGAAACCAUCGUGAUGGUGAGGAAAACCGGUCAAUUUUCAGCUCGCGUAACUGGCGUACCUUAUCCGGAACUCAAGUGGUACAAGGACUGGAAGCCUAUAGCUUCGUCCUCCAGAAUCAGGAUUGAGUUCACCGAACCAGAUACCACGACUCUCAUCGUCAACGACGCCAUCACCAAGGACGAGGGUCUCUAUUCGAUCAGCGCGGGUAACGUGGCCGGUUCGAUAUCGUGCUCGGUGAUGCUGCAUGUGGAGGAAAACGAGCAGGAAUACGGAUACAGGACGUAUCGCAAGAAGAUGGAUGUGAAACCGCGAGACAAACUGUUCGCCGAUUUGUACGACCUGGGUGAUGAAUUGGGUCGAGGCACUCAGGGUGUCACUUAUCACGCAGUCGAACGGAAUACCGGAAGAAAUUACGCGUCUAAAAUUAUGCACGGACGCGGUGAUCUCAAACCGUUCAUGUAUAACGAAAUGGAAGCGAUGAACAACUUACAUCACCGCAAAUUACUGCGACUACACGAUGCUUUCGAGACUAACGACUCGGUCACUCUUGUCAUGGAACUAGCGGCUGGUGGUGAAUUGGUGGAUACUCUCACGAGACAAGAACACUACACCGAGAUAGACAUCGCUCGUUAUAUACGUCAAUUGUUAUGGGGAUUGGAAUAUAUGCACGAUAAUCAUUACGCGCAUCUUAGUCUGACGCUUGGCGAUCUAUUAAUCUCGCACGCAAAUGGAGAUGACCUGAAGAUCGGAGAUUUCGGACUCGCCCGCAGAAUUUUGCAGGCAAAGCUGAUGACCUUGGCAUACGGUAUGCCGGAAUAUGUCGCACCGGAAGUAACUAAUAACGAGGGCGUCAGCUACCCCGCGGAUAUGUGGUCUGUUGGUAUAAUUACUUACAUUUUGCUGUCGGGAAUUUCACCGUUCAGAGGCGCGAACGACAGAGAGACGUUGAGGAAGAUCAGGGAAGGCAGAUGGGAUUUCGACGAGCGAUGGAAGAACAUCUCAAACGAAGCGCAGGACUUUAUACAUAGUUUACUGCGAUACAAUGUCGACAAUAGGCUGGACGUCAAGGCUGCUUUGGCUCAUCCGUGGUUCAAUUAUAUUGAUAACUCGCCGUCGGAGCUUUACAGAAUACCUUCUGAGAACCUGAAAAAUUAUUACAAACUUUAUCGCGAUUGGUAUAGUAAUGCUUCGUGUCGCACGUGGUAUCGUCGACGCAAACUGGAGACAGCAUUCGAGCAUCCAUCGCGAAUGGUAUAUCCACCCGGACAUAAAUUCACACCCGAACCCAGCGUCGAGAGAAGUCCGAAGAAACGUUCUCCCAGGACAUGGGAGAAUCAAAUACCAUCCAGAGAACCGAUCGAUACAGAAAUCGGGAUUAUCACGAGCGAAAGCCAUUAUCAAAAUGGUCCAGACACGUAUCUUCUUCAGCUGCGAGACACCGAUUUCCCUGUACGAUUACGUGAAUACAUGAAAGUCGCGUGUAAUCGCAGUCCCGGAUUCUCACGCUCCAUUGCCGAUGACAAUGGUUAUGAUUGGAGGACACCCAUCAUAAGGGAACGUCGUCGAUUCACGGACGUUAUGGACGAGGAGAUCGACGAUGAGAGGAGGGAGCGCAUCAAUCGUUAUGGAUCGGCGGAUACAUAUACGCUUAGACGUCUAAGGAAUGAGCUAGGCACUCGGCUGGAUAGUUACGCCGAAGCCGAGGCGAUAAUCGGGUCAAAGAAGGAGGGCCAGCCUCCGUUCUUCCGCGAGAAACCACAAAUCUGUCCGAUCGAGGAGGGAAAACCGGCUCAGCUCGUCUGUCUAGCAGUGGGAAAUCCGAAACCACUGAUACAAUGGUUUAAGAAUGACAUAGUCGUCCAGGUGAACAAUAGAAUUAAAGUGACAGAAGACACCGAUGGGAGGUCGAUACUCAGUUUUAAUCCUACGAAGGAGCAUGACAUCGGGAUAUACAAGGUCGUGGCGAGGAACCCUAUAGGACAAACAGUUGUUAGAACCAGGGUGUUGCUGGCGACGGUGCCUUUUGGUCCGGAUUCUCCAGAGGCUUCCGAUGUUUCGGAUACCGAAGUCCUUCUGCGAUGGAAGCAACCGAAGUACGAUGGCAAUUCGCCCGUGCUGUGCUAUAAUCUUCAGUAUAAGGAAGGUGACUCGAUCGCCUGGAUAGACGUCGCUUCCAACAUCGAUCACGAGUUCUACCUGGUGCGUGACCUGAAGCAAGACACGAGCUACAACUUCCGUCUGGCGGCGCGCAAUCGUAUAGGCUGGAGCGAGAAGGGCAUCCCGUCGAAGUUGAUCAAAACGCGACCACCGGGUUGCUUGAAGGUGCAGAUCACACGAGCGAUGAGGCAUCUUCAGGAGUUGACCGAAGCUGGCCAGGAGAUCGUCUUAGAAGAAGACAGACCUCACAUAGAUUACUCCGUGGAAGAGCAUCCAAUCGAGUGGUCGGUGGAGUCUACGCAACUAUCUACCAAGUACAGCUUCAUCUCCGAAUUGUCGCGCGGUCAGUUCUCCGUUGUAGCAAAGGGCGUAGACAAGAGCACAGAUCGAGUGGUAAUCGCCAAGAUCCUGGAGCUGAACAUCAAUACAGAAGAACAGGUGAUGCGGGAAUACGAGGUACUGCGUUCGCUGCGACACGAGCGAAUAGCCAUGUUGGAGAUGGCCUACAAGACACCCUCCGGUUCUCCGGUUGCGGUAUUCAUCAUGGAGAAGCUCCAGGGUGCCGACAUACUCACGUACUUCUCCAGCCGACACGAAUACACGGAGAACUGCGUGGCGAACGCCGUCACGCAGAUCCUCGACGGUCUGCAAUAUUUGCACUGGCGCGGCUACUGUCACCUGGACAUCCAGCCGGAUAACAUCGUCAUGUCGUCCGUGAGAUCGGUGCAGGUGAAGCUGGUCGACAUGGGGUCCGCUCAUCGAGUUAGUCGACUAGGCACGAUAGUGCCUGAGCAAGUGGGUCAUCAUGAGUAUAGAUCGCCUGAGCUUUACAACGAAGAGCCGGUCUACCCGCAGACGGAUAUAUGGAUGGUCGGCGUGUUGACCUACGUGUUGCUCUCCGGGGUCUCUCCCUUCGCCGGCCAGAACACGACGGAGACCAGGCAGAACAUAUCCUUCGUCAGAUACAGAUUCGAAUAUCUUUUUAAAGAGCUUAGUCAGGAGGCUACCAGAUUUCUCAUGCUGGUCUUCAAACGCGCGCCAAGUAAAAGACCGAUGGCAGAAGAAUGCCACGAGCAUAGGUGGCUAUUACCAACCGAAUACAUGAUCAAGAAACGCGAGAGGGCUGUGUUUCUGGGCAACAGAUUAAAGGAGUAUAACGAAAAGUAUCACGAAGAAAAAUUGAAGCUAGCUUCUGAAAACCUAGCGAGCGAGAGUUUAUUGGGUUCGAAACAGAAGCUCAUUAGGUCGACCAGCAUACAAGAAGAGUUGCUAACCACGUUCUAACAAUAAACCUGCGAUUUUUUAUUUAUAUUUAUAGACACACGUACACCAUGCAAAAACAUUUCGUCUCGCGUACGUGUCUGGACAGCGAGAAGAAAUGAUGAGAAACGUGAGAGAUUCUCGUCUCUUGCGUUUUCUCUUUUGUUAUAAUUUAUUUGUUACAACUUGUAAUUAAUUAAUUAUAUAAAGAUAUAUCGUUGAUACUUCGCCGACGAAUUCCGUCGACACCCAUGUAAGACGAUAAGUUUCUCAAUCGUCCGUUAAUUCGACGAGUAUAAUACAAAUGAAUUGUUGCCUAUACAUUUCAACGAGUCAAAGUGCAAAUCGAAUUUUUUGAAAUUAAGCAAAAAAUUUCGAUUACGCGUUGUACGAAAAUUAUAAAUAAAUAUUUGAUGAAAUAA